GUAUACAUUGCUCCAGAAGUUCUAGGUCACAGAUGGGUCCGUUCUCGAUCGACAGCAUACAUUGUAGAAAGACCGGAACGAUUGCGAGCUUCACUUUUAGGUUUGUCUGCAUUAAUAGGAAAAUCUUUCGAACAUUUGUCGCAUCCCGAAUCGAUAGCGGAAGAUCAAAAGGUAGACGCAUUGACAGAUAGCAUUGCCUCUGUUUCAAUCGCACAAUCUUUUGGAAAAAGUACAAACUCUAUACAAGCCCUGAUAUCCCGAUCGAAGGUCUCACUGGCGAAUCCAAAUAAAGGCUUACUGUCUGUGCAUGGAUGCGAAGAGGGAUCAGUGACAUUGGACGAAAUCGGAGACGAACCGGCUUACUCUAUAGAAAGCGGGAGAGGAGUAUUAUCUGAAGUGGAUUUACUUCGACAAGGCUCACAAGGAGCAAUUGAAGCAUCCCUCGGUGCAUGUUGCAUGGCAUUAGAUCGAAUUGUUCAACAUUCACAUUUACAUUUAUCGAAAUCUUCGGUCAAUCGCUCGACUCCAAGCUCAAUUGGUCGUAGAGCCUUUGUGCUUGCAAGACCGCCUGGUCAUCAUUGCUCAUCAAAAAAUCCGUCUGGUUUCUGUUGGGUGAACAAUGUGGCUGUUGUAGCAGCUGAGGCGUACGCAAAACAUGGUAUUGAUCGAAUCGCAAUACUUGAUUUUGAUUUGCAUCAUGGUGAUGGAACACAGUCGAUUGUCUGGAGAAUCAAUGAAGAGACUUCUAGGUUGGAUGCAGAUCGGGAAGCUAGGAAAAAUCGCUGGUCAACAUUAUUGGGCAGACGUGGACUCAAAAUGUUCUAUGGCUCCUUGCACGAUAUCGAAAGUUUCCCAUGUGAAGACGGAAAUAAACAAAAAGUAUCCGAUGCAAGUAUUCGAUUGGAAGGUGGACAUGGACAGUGGAUUUGGAAUAUUCACCUGGAUUGUCAUGCCAAUCGUGAUGAAUUCCUCUCUGCAUAUGAGAAAAAAUACAAAGAUUUAAUCAAGAAAGCCCAAGAAUUCUUUGAGAAUACACAAUCUACAUCACAAUCCAGUAUGGUGAUCAUUUCAGCUGGCUUUGAUGCUUGUGUACAUGAAACGCCAGGGAUGCAACGGCAUGGCAAGAAUGUUCCAACCGAGUUUUACACGAUAUUCACCCGUGAUUCAGUUCGAUUGGCCGAGAACUUUUGCGAUGGUAAAUUGAUGAGCGUUUUGGAAGGAGGAUAUUCUGAUCGUGCUUUAACGACUGGUGUGAUUUCGCAUUUGGCCGGCAUGACGGAUGAUCUUAAAGAAGGAAUGGAAGAU